UAGACAUGCAUAGAAGAAAACGAAGUCGAUUAUGAGGCUAGCUGGUUCGGCGUCGGCGGCCACUGCCUCCAGCCUGCCAUCUUUACGUUCGCCAGAGUUGGUCACCGAAGGGCAAUUGAAGACGGCCUUGCAAAAUCUACGCUUGCUCUACCGACCCCUGCCGACUGUCCUUGACUUCAAGACGGUCGGGACGCCGAAAUCAUUGAUCAAGCCCAUCUCUACACCCGUUGUCGACUCUGGUUAUGUAUCUGAGGACAGUGACGACGAUGACGCCGUGGAAACUGCCGUUGAGAUGUUUGUGAUGGACGAGUUCGAAAAACAGCUUGCCACACGCUGGUUGACGACGGUGAUGGCCCGUGCCGAAGAGAUGACGCUCCUAUCGGAGAAUGUACGCGACCUUCUCAUCGAGGAUGCUGCUUCGAUCCUGGUAUGCUUCAACAACUCAGUCACCUCCUCUGACUCCGAUGAAGAAGCCCUGACAAGAGACUUUACCUUCGAGAUCCCUCAAACCAUGUCUGCAGGAUCACCCAAACAAAUCUGCAUUCGACUCAACGACGAUCCACUGAAAGGUGAAGACCAUACCGACGUUGGUCUGCAGACUUGGGGAGCCUCCAUAGUCCUGUCCGAUCUUUUGUGUCGUUCUCCAUGUCGUUUCGAUUUAACGCAAGCCUCUUUGCCUUCCGCACCACGCAUCAUCGAACUCGGCGCUGGCACCGGCCUCGUCAGCCUUACCCUCGCCAAACUGCUACCAGCCCUUGGUAUCGAGAAUUUCACCAUCGUUGCGACAGAUUACCAUCAAACUGUGCUUUCAAACCUUCGCGCAAACAUUGCGUCCAACUUCAAAGUGGAGCUGCCUGGACACCAGGCGGAUAUUCAAACGUGCACGCUGGAUUGGGGAGAGCCGCACAGCCAUGCACCUCUGGAUAAAAAGGCACAUGUGAUUAUCGCCGCCGAUGUGGUGUAUGAAGUUCACCAUGCCCUUGCAUUGCGGGAAUGUGCUGCGCAUCUACUGGCUCCCCGAGGCAUAUUCUGGUUGCUUGUCUCAGUGCGCGGAUGCGGUCGGUUCGAAGGCUUGGUUCAGACGGUGGAGGCAGCCUUUAGAUCAGCCCAACGCGAGGAGUUGAGAAAUGAACCUGGCCGUAAACUGCAAAUACUGAGUAUCGAAAAUCUUGCAAAGCAGAGGGGGGUGGGCCGAACGGACGAGAGGGAGUAUCGAUUGUUCAAGAUCGGAUGGGUUGAGCAAACGAGAUCAUAA